AUGAAUUCUGAAGAUUUGAUCAAAUCAACUGAUCCCAAUCACCCUGCAAACUUGAUAUGUUCAUUAUGCCAUCAAUUUUAUUAUAAUAAUUGGUGUACUGGGACAGGUGGUGGUAUUUCCAUCAAACAUCCAAUUUCAAAUAAUUUAUACAUAGCUCCAUCAGGUGUUCAAAAGGAAAAAAUGAAACCAGAAGAUUUAUUUGUAAUGGAUCCAACUGCCACAAAAUAUCUUCGCCAACCACAAUUGUAUAAACCAAGUGCUUGUACUCCUUUAUUUUUAUCUUGUUAUAAAAAUAAAAAAUCUGGUGCAAUUAUUCAUACUCAUUCACAACACGCUGUCAUGUGUUCUUUAAUCUUUAAAAAUGAGUUUAGAAUAGCAAACGUCGAACAGAUUAAAGCUAUUCCAAGUGAUAAGGUUUGUCCUGAAACAGGCAAGCCUAUAGCGCUAUCAUAUUUUGAUACUUUAAAGAUUCCAAUUAUUGAAAACAUGGCUCAUGAAGAUCAAUUACUUGAUGAUUUGGAAAAGACUUUCCAAGAAUACCCUCAUACAGUAGCUGUCAUUGUUAGAAGACAUGGAAUUUUUAUUUGGGGUCCAACUAUUGAUAAGGCAAAAAUUUAUAAUGAAGCUAUUGAUUAUUUAAUGGAGUUAGCUGUUAAAAUGUACAAAUUGGGAAUUCCACCGGAUUGUAAUAUAGGUGAAGAAAAGAAAUAUUUAAACCUGUCUUUAUAG